CAUCAUGUCCGAACCAAAGAAGAAUUCGCUAAGCGAAAGAGCUGUAGCAUUUUCUGUCGACGCUUUGCUUGGUUUCAAAGAGAAUACGAACAGAAAAAGUUUCACAUCUCAAACUUGUGUACAAGACUCAGGAAAUGGGAAUCAAAUGGAUCAAUGUUUUGCUGCAAUGAGCACUUUCGGAUCUCGAGGGAUUGGAAUGGAACUAAUCGACAAAGAGUUAUGGACACAGUUUCACAACCUGGGGAAUGAAAUGAUAAUAACUAAAAGUGGCAGAAGAACAUUUCCUGCUUUGAAAGUACAUGUUAGUGGCUUGGAUCUCGACAGCAGUUAUAUUAUAUGGUUGGAUAUUGUACCAAUGGAUCAGUUACGAUAUCGAUAUGUUUAUAGCAGCUCAAAAUGGACCGUUGCUGCAAUGGAAGGAGAUGUGCUUGGAAGUCCAGCAUAUGUACAUCCUGACAGCCCUGCUUCUGGCAGACACUGGAUGUCACAACCGAUCACAUUUGAUAAACUUAAGCUCACGAAUUGCAAAAAUCCCACUUCAGUUUUACAGGUACCUCUCCGGUCAAUGCACAAAUACCAGCCUCGAAUUCAUAUCCAGAAAGCAAUGGGAGCCAGGGAAAAUCCAUACCUGGAAGUCAACAGCUCAUUAGCUCUAACAUUUACUUUUGCAGAAACUCAGUUCAUCACAGUGACGGCAUACCAAAAUCAGCAGGUU